UGUUUAGAAAAUUUAUUUACUCAACAAAUCCUAUCAGUAAUGAUGCAAACAAUUGAUAAUAUUAUAGAUACAUUGAAGAACUCUGAAUGUCGACCACAAUUAAAUUUCCAACUUGUUUUUGAGAAUAAUUGUCUUGUUAUAGAACCAUCAAUUGAUCAAAUUAUUAAUUUUUAUAAUGAAAUUAUGAUUGAUAUUGAAAACAUUGCUCAAAAUUAUGAACAAAUUGAAGUAUUCAAUAGUUAUCUUGAGAAAGUUUAUUCAAUGGAGAAUUAUAUGUACUACAAUGUUGGAGUACUUAAUCAAAUAACAGCUAAGGAAAAAUUAAAAAAUAUCAUAAAUGAGAUCAAAGGUAUUCUUAUUAAUAAACUUGAGAUGUAUCACUUUAAUUAUAAUCAAGAAAUUUGUCAAGAGUUUGAAGACUUGAAAUCAAAAGCUCUCAAUAUUCCAAACAAUACAAAAGACCUGUUUGAGUUAAGUGAACAAAUGGCAUUGGCUUCUACAAUAACCAUAGAAAAAUUGGAAAAUAAAAUCCGAGAAUCAAUUGAAAUGUUAAGUGCAUUGAUGCAAAUCACUCCAAUAACAGAGGAACAUAUUGAAUUAAAUAAAAAUACAAUCAAUUGGUUAACAUUAAUUCAAGAUAUAUUCAAUCAAAGUAAUAGUUUAUGUGAAGGAAUGAAAAGUGAACUAGAAGAUGAAUUACAAAAAAAAAUAAAUUUAUUAAAUACUCAAGUAGAUAUUGUGGUACCAAGUCUGAUAAUUCUAGAUGCUAUGGAUGAUGCUCAACGUGCUCAUGAAUAUAUUGAAUACUUGGACAUACUUGUCAAAAAAAUUCAAGCUAUUGAUAAACAAGUUGAAGAAAUAAAUUUAGACGAGAAAUUAUUUAAAUUUCCAGAGACUCAAUUUCCAAAAAUACAAGAAAUAAAAGAUAUCAUUCUACCAUUUUAUGAUUUAAUUAUCAUGAUCAAUGAGUGGACUAGAUACUCUUCUAUUUGGAUGGAUGGACCCUAUGAGUAUAUUGACUCAAAUUAUGUUGAAAAGACAACUAACUAUUAUUUUGAAAAGUUUUCAGACUUAAAUCAAUUAUUGAAGAAAAAAAUUAAAGCUGAUUCACAAUCAAUUAAUAAACUUUUCAAGUUUUCUGGUAUUAUUGAUGAUCCAGACCCAAUGCAACAAUCAGCACCACUUAAACUGUGUUACCAAGUUUUAGAACAAGUUAAACAAUUCAAUCAAUAUAUACCUCUUAUUAAUUGUAUGUGUAAUAAAGCAUUAGCAAGACGUCAUUGGAAUGAAAUGUCGAUUAUUUAUGGUAAUGAUUUAACUCCAAAUGCUGGUACAACAUUACGUAAAAUAAUCGCACUUGAUUUGAUGAAAGAUAUUGAUAAAUAUCAAGUAAUAAGUAUAAGUGCUAAUAAAGAAUUAUUACUUCAACAACAACUUGAAAUGAUGAAUAUGGAAUGGAAUGAUAUCAAUUUUACAAUUGAAAAUGAUUGUACAAAAGAUAAUAAAUUUCUAUUUGUUCAAUUUCCCAAAAUUCAAUUGCUUCUUGAACAUCACCUAGUGCUAACAGAAGAAAUGAUAAGUUCAUACUUCGUUAAACCAAUCAUCACUGAAGUUAAAAAUUUUCGUGAAUCUCUACAUCAAGUACGUGAUAUAGUUCAAAAAUGGAAUUAUAUUCAAGAUGAAUGUGUAUUUUUUAAACAAAUAUUUAUUAACAAUCAAUCAUCAACUUCAACAAAGGACUUUGAAGAAUUAUCCAUUUUUAAGUAUGCUCUAUCCUAUUUAGAACAAUUAACAGAUAUAUCAGCAACAAUUGAACAUAUAACAAUAGGUAUUAAUAAUUAUCUGGAAUAUGUUAGGUCAAAUUUUCCUCGUUUUUAUUUUUUAUCAAACAUUGAAAUAAUUGAAAUAUUAUUCAAUCAAGCUGAUACUGUUACAAGAGUAAAAAAAUUAUUACAAAAAUGUUUCUGUGGCAUCAAUAAUAUACAAUUAAAUAGCAAAAAUGAAGUGAUGUCAAUUAUCAGUGAUUAUAAUGAGAUACUAACACUAACAAACAAUACCAUUUGUCUAAAGUCACUACAAAAUAAUAACACUUGGUUGACAUUUAUUGAAUCUAUAAUUAUUAUGUCAGUGCGCAAUAAAAUUGGUAGUAAUUGUAUUAAUUUAAACAUCAAUAUAGAUAAUUUAGUCGAUGAAAUUUCAAAAUUAAUCAAAAAUACUCAUUCAUUAGCUCUCAUUACAGAAUGUACUUUGAAGUUAUUUUGGACAUCUAGCAUCCAACAAUGCUUGAUCCAAUUUCAUACAUCAAAGUUCAAAUUACUUUUGAACGAGCAUAAUCAAUUCAUAAAUAACCUAAUUGUUGAAUUAAAAGAAAUUAGUCCAAGAUGUCAUAGAAUUAUAUUGAUGUCACAUGUAGUAUUUUCAAUAAAUCAGCAAGAAAUCAUUAGUCAAUUAGUUAAUAAAAAUGUUCAACAUGAAAAUGAUUUUUAUUGGAUAGUUCAAUUACGAUAUUAUUUUCAGGAUGAUAAUAAUGUUCAAGUAUACAUGUUGAAUAGUAUAAAAAAUUAUGAAUAUGAAUUCAUGAGUACUGGUGAGUCAUUUAUAAAUACUCCAUUAACUGAUAGAUGUUAUCGUAUCCUUUUUGAAGGAGCUAAUAAUAAUUUCUUUGGAGCACUCAUUGGAUCAACUGGUAUUGGAAAAAUAGAAACUAUAAAAAGCUUAUCACGUGCUCUGGCAGUUAAAUUAUAUCCAAUUCAUUGUACGCAAUAUAUCAGUUACCAAUACAUUACACAAAUAUUCAAGGGCUUUAUGGCUUAUAGCUUUUGGAUAUGCUUUAAAAAUAUUAAUAAUCUUCCCUUAAAUAUAUUGUCGCUAUUAAUAAAUAAUAUUUAUACAAUAUCACAAAUAUUAUGUUCAACAGCUACUAAAAUAAUUACGUUCGAAGGUCUAACAAAAUUGCCAAUUAAUAAAAGCUCUGGAUUUAUAGCAGUGACUGUAAAUCUUGGAGUUUCCACUUCAUUGAAACAAUUAUCAAUCAAUAAUUAUUUAACUGAUAAUUUUAAUGCCAUUUUUCGAGUAAUAGCCUAUACUAAUUCAGACAUUAAUCAAAUUUGUGAAAUAAAAUUAUUUGCCAGUGGAUUUAUUAAUUCUAAAAGUCUUUCUAAUAAAAUUGUUGAUAUUUAUAAGUUUAUUAGUUCUCAUCAAUUUUCUUCAAAUUUUAAAAUUCCAUAUAAUGUAGAAUAUCAGAGUAUUAAUAUGAUAAUUAAAACAGCAAUUAAUUUAAAAUUUAAAUUUUCUUAUCUAGAUGAUGAAAUGAUUAUUGUAAGAUCAUUGAUGGAUAUCUAUUUGCCUUGCUUUCCAAAUGAUAAAGUUAUAAUUUUUCAAGAAUUGUUAGAAAGUUAUUUUCCACAAAUAAUUCAAUCAACAUCUUCCUUAUUGACUAAUAACUAUACAACUUUACUCAAAGUUCUUGAGCAAAUAAUGGAAAAAAAUAACCUUGAGUUUCAUGAAUUAUUUAAAUUAAAGAUUAUUCAACUAUUUGAAAUGAUAUUCAUUAAAAAUGGAUUAAUUAUUUUGGGAGAAUCUUUGAGUGGUAAAACAACAAUAAUUGAAACAUUUAUUAAGUGCUUAUCAAUUUUAAAUAAUAAUGACAAUGAUAAUAAUAAUGAGGAUAAUUUAUACUGGAUCAAUCAAAAUUGUAUGACAAUAGAAAAUAUACUUGGAUAUUUUAACGUUAAAUUAGAAAAGUGGUAUGAUGGUGUAUUUACAUCAAUAUUGCGUGAUGCUAAUAAUUAUAGCAAUGUUCAAAUUUCAAUCAUGUUUGAGACAGAUAAUUUAAAUAAUGCAUCACCAUCAACAAUAUCACGCUGUGGUAUUAUUUAUGUUGACUCAUUUGAUACUAAAGGUUGGAGAUUCUAUACGAGAAUUUGGAUAAAGAAUCAAAAGUUUGAUGUUGAAAAAAAAUAUUAUGAAUUUUUAUCAAGUAUGUUAGAAUGGUCAUUGGAUGCAUGUUUAAAUUUUAUUAAUCAAAAAUGUACUCUAGUAGCUGCAGUAAGUGACAGUUACUUGGUAAUAUCAACAUUAAAAUUAUUUGACAUUCAUUUAAAAGAUGCAUUCAGUGAUGGAUCAAUAGAAAUUAAAGAAAAAUUACAAUAUUUUGGACUUUGGUGUCAAGCUGCUUUAAUUCUUGCAAUCAUCUGGGCGAUUGGUGGAUGCCUAACUGUAGACCAUCAAAGUAUUUUCAAUGAAUUUUGCUUAUCACUUUGGAACAAUGAAAUUGAAGAUCAUCAACGACCAGAGAUAUUAAAAAUAUGUGAUAUUAUUCCAUUACCAACUGAUGGGACAAUUCAUGAUAAUAUAUUUAUUUUCAAAGCAGCUGGAUCAUGGAAACACUGGAGUGAUAUUUUAAAAUCAAAUUACAGUAUGGAUAUAGAAAUUUGUGAUGACUUUAAUAAUUUAAUAGUACCUACUACUGAUUCUAUUAAAUAUAUAGAUUUAUUUCUAAAGCAUAUUAAAUAUCGAGUACCUUUUAUUAUUAAUGGAGAAUCAUCAAUAGGAAAAACAUCUUGUAUACGAUAUUUGUUGAAAAAAAAAUUACCAAAUACUAAAAACUUAGCUUACAUGUAUCGUUUUACACAAACAACUAGUGUUUCACAGUUGAGACACUUUAAUUUUUAUACAAUGUUUACUCCAAAUAAAGACAAUUUAUUACGCAUAUUUAGUAAUAUUUUAUUAUUCAAUUUAAAGAGAAACCAAUUUUCUAAUGAUAUUAUUGGAAGCAUAAACAGUAUUGUUAAUUCAAUCAUUCAUGUCUAUAUAAAUAUGAAGAAUUUUUUUCAUCCAACUCCAACGCAAAUUUUUUAUCAAUUUGAUAUUGCAGACAUUGCACGUGUAAUUAAUGGAUGCAGUCUUAUUCAUAGAGAAUCAGUUGAAACAAAAAUAACAUUAAUUCGUCUUUGGAUUCAUGAAUCAUUACGAGUAUUUGGUGAUCGAAUUACGAUACCAACUGACUAUGAUUUUUUAUUAAAAAAAAUUGAAGAAGCUGUUGGUAUUUAUUUUAAAGAUACUUUUGAUUCAAUAUUUGAUCAUUUACCCAAGUAUAAUGGAAAAUUAACUCGACAAAGUUUUUCAAAUUUAAUGUUUACUAACUUUUCAGUAGAUAAUACUAAUACCAUUUGUAAAUAUGAAGAAAUAAAUUCAAAAGAUGCUUUAAAGAAUAAAUUGAUAGCCUGUUUGAAUGAAUUUAAUAGACUCAAUGUUAGAAAAAUAGAUAUUGUAAUAUUAACUAAUAUUGUUGAACAUCUGAUAAGAAUUUGUCGAGUGUUGACAUUACCUGGUGGUCAAUUGAUACUGUUCUGUACUGGAGGUACAGGUAGAAGAUCUCUAGCUCGACUGGCUGCAUUUAUACAGAAACAGAAAUUUUUUCAACUAUCAACAACAUCAACAAUUAGCAAUAAAAAUGAUAGUGAUAAUAAUAUUCUAUUAAACGAAUGGAGAGACAAUUUAAAAAGUAUUUUAAAAAUAUGUGGUGGAUACAAUCAAGAUUGUACAUAUUUUAUACCUGGAAGAUACAUUCAAGAUACCUACUUUGAUGAUAUAAAUAGUUUAUUAACCACUGGAGAAAUACUAGACUUAUUUAGAGCAGAUGAAAAGCGAGAAAUAAUUGAAAUAUCUAGGUUAUUAGCUCAAAAAGGUGAUCGUAAUCUAGAGCUUAAGACUAGCCAGAUUAUGGAUUAUUUCUUUAAUCAAUGUAAAUUAAAAUUACAUUUUAUAUUGUAUUUUAAUGUAUAUGAUAAUAAUAAAAGGACUUUAAAUAAAUUAAAAUUAUGGAAGAAUUUAAUAAAAUAUUGUUUUAUAGAUUGCUAUAUUAAUUGGCCACCAGAGGCAUUUACUGAAUUAGGAAAUUAUUUAUUAGUUUUUGAUGAUCAUGUACACAUUGAUCGUAGUACUAAAGAAAAAGUAAUUACUGCAUGUAAAUAUUUAUAUGAUAAAUCAGAAAAAUUACAAAUGGAUUAUUAUAAAAAAUUCAAUAGAAUAAUUCAUGUCUAUAAUCCAUCAGCAUUUAUUUAUAUGAUUAAAUUAUUCUGUCAAUUAUUGAACAAGAAACAAGCUGAAAUAAUCGAUUUACAAAAUAAAUACUUAUGUGGUUUAAAUAAAUUAUUAUUAGCUUCUGAACAAGUGAAUAAAAUGAAGACAAUAUUAACAUCACUAAGACCUCAAUUAGAAGAAUCAGUAAAAAAAAUGCAAAAUACUAUGCGAGAAAUAGAAAAUGAAAAUAUUACUGUUGAAACUACAACAAUUCAAGUGAAACGUGAUGAAGAAGUAGCGAAUAGAAAAGCUAAAAUUGCAUCAACAUUGAAAUCAGAAUGUGAAGCUGAUCUAGCAGUGGCUAUUCCUAUUCUUGAAGAUGCUAUAGCUGCACUGAAUACACUCAAACCAACAGACAUAACAUUAGUAAAAGCUAUGAAAAACCCUCCUGACACAGUGAAACUUGUAAUGGCAGCUGUAUGUGUAAUGCUUGGGGUACCAGCAGAAAAAGUUAUUGAUCCAAUCACCGGUAGAAAAUCAAUGGACUUUUGGGGACCUAGUAAACGUAUUUUGAGUGAUAUGAAUUUUUUACAAAAUCUCAAGGAUUAUGAUAAAGAUAAUAUUCCAUCAGGUAUAAUGCAAGUGAUCAAAAAAACCUACAUGGUUGAUAAAAGCUUUAUGCCACAUAUUGUAGCUAAAGCAUCAAGUGCUGCUGAAGGUCUUUGCAAAUGGGUACGUGCAAUGGUUUCAUAUGAUGAGGUUGUCAAAGUAGUAGCACCAAAGAAGGAAAAACUAGCUGGAGCAGAGAAAGAAUACAAUGAAACAAUAGCAUUUCUCAAUAAUAAACGAAAAAUUUUAUCAGCUUUAAAUGAUAAAUUAACAACACUUAAUAAUAAUCUUAAAUUAACAGUUAUUAAUAAAAUGGAAUUAGAAAGUGAAAUAACUAAAUGUACUGAGAGACUAGUGAAGGCUGAGAAAUUGAUAAAAAGUCUUGGUGGUGAGAAACAAAAAUGGACAGAGUCUGUAGAUAGUCUGAAAACAUCACACAAAAAUCUUGUUGGUGAUUUAAUUAUAUCAUGUGCUAUAGUUAUUUAUUUAUCACCUUGUCAUUUAGCUUUUCGAGAUAUCAACAUAGAACAAUGGAAAGAUUUUUUGCUCAACUUGGGUAUAUCGUAUUCAACUGAUUUCAAUUUUGUUAAUGUCAUUAAAGCUGGAGGUACUACAGUAAAUCCAUCAAAUUAUCGUCAUUUUGAGAAUAAUAGGUUCUAUACUGAGAAUGCACUGAUCUAUUAUUAUUCUCAAAAGUACUGUUUAUUUAUAGAUCCUGAAAACCAAGCUAAUUUAUGGAUUAAAGAUAUUGAAUUGAAAAAUGAUUUAAAAAUAGUUCAAGUCAAUUCAAAUAAUUGUCUGGAAGAUAUCAAGACAUGCAUGAGAAAUGGUCAACCAGUGCUAAUAGAAAAUAAUAUUCAACAACAUUAUUUUUCUCUCCCUUUGGAAUUUAUUUUUACACGAAGUCAUAUUUAUUCUAUGAAUAAUAAACAAUAUCUAUAUAUUAAUAAAGAAGUGAUUGAAUAUCAUCCAAAUUUUCGAUUAUACAUAACAACAAGGUUUGAUAAUCCUAUUUAUGAAUCGUACAUUUUUGAGAAAAUGACAAUAAUUAAUUUUUUAUUACCUACCCAAGUAAUAUAUAAUAAACUUUUAGAUAUUAUUGUAUCAAGAGAAUGUCCAGAGUAUCAGGAAGUAUAUGAUAAUUUGUUAAUUCAAAAUAUUGAUAAUAAACAAGUACUGAAACAAGAAGAAAAUAAUAUAUUAAGCAUUCUUUCAACAUCAACAGUUAAUAUUUUAGAAGAUGAAAAUUCAAUUAAAUUAUUAGAUUCAACAAAAAUUUUAUUCUACGAUCUCCAACGAAAAGAUAAAGAAAUUAAAAUAGAAAUAGAUAAAAUUAAUUUAUUCCGUAAUAAUUACAAUGAAUUAGCACAAUAUUGUGCUAAUUUAUUUAAUACUCUAACAAUUCUAACUCAUUUAAACUGCAUGUAUAAAUUUUCAUAUCGUUGGUUCCUACAACUCUACAUCAAGUCUAUUUCAAACUCAAAUACAAGUGUGAAGCUUGAUAAGCGAUUGAAUUAUCUCAAAUUAUCAUUUACCAAAAUUUUACAUUGUAAUAUUGUUAAUGGUCUUUACGAAAAGCAUAAAUUAUUAUACACCUUUUUAUUAUGCUUGAAAUUAUCAAUCAAUAAAAAUGAUAUCACCAAUGAAGAGUAUCAGUAUUUUAUAGAAAAUUGUAUUACUUCAACAACACAAAUAAAUAUUGAAUGUCAUAAUGAAGAAGAGCAGCUUCAAGAUGAUAACUGGAUUACAGAAAAAAUAUGGAUGCAAAUAUCAACUUUAUCUAAAUCAAUAGAAGCUUUUCAAGGAUUGGAACAAAGUAUAAAAAAUGAUGAUCAGCUAUUAUGGAAAGAUUAUUAUAAUGCAAAAACUCCAGAAAACCAUUGUCUUCCAGAACCUUGGGAACAUAAAUUAACAUCCUUUCAAAAAUUAAUUUUAGUCAGUAUCAUCAGACCUGACAGAAUGCUGAUGAAAGUAUUAAAAUUCAUAUCAACUGUUACGAUUGAUAAUACCAAUCUUCUAGAUUAUUUAGAUUUGCCAUUAAAUCUAUCUUAUAUGUAUUCACAAUCCAAUUGUUCAACUCCAUUACUGUUCAUUUUACCAAGUUACAUUGAUUUAUCUAAAUUAUUAGAAAAAUUUGCUAGUAAGCUAGGCUAUUCAUCUAAAUUUAAUAUAAUAUCUUCAUCUUAUUUCAAUUUAAAUCAUCAAAAUUACUCUCAUGAGCUACGAAGAAUAAUUUCUGAUUCAAAGAAAGAUGGUAAAUGGUUAUUUAUUCAAGACUGUCAUCUAGCUAUUCCAGAGUUAUCAAAAGAGCUUGAAAGCAUCAAUAACCAUUCAGCUAACUCUAAUAUUAAUAUUGAAUUUCGUUUGUGGUUAUCAAGCUGUCCUACUGAUCAAUUUCCUAUAAAUAUUUUACAAGAUAGUAUCAAGUUAACAUACAAUAAACCAAAAACUGUCAAAAAAUCUUUGAUUCAUUCUUAUAAUACUGAGCCAAUAAAUUCAUACGAUUUUUUUAAUAAUUGUUCAGGAAAGAAUAAAAUUUUUUCUAGAUUAUUAUUCUCAUUGUCAUUUUUUCAUGCUAUUAUUGGAGAACGUAAUUAUUUUAAUGAUUCAAGUUGGAAUGUUAAGCAUGAUUUUAGCCACUAUGAUUUAGUUAUUUCUGCUAAACAAUUGAAAACGUUACUGCUGCUAUUAAAUGACAGUAAUAAUUCAAAUCAAGUCUCCUAUGAGGCUUUAACAUAUUUUAUUGGUGAUUGUAACUAUGGCGGAAGAAUAAUUGAUGCAACUGAUAGAAGAUGCUCAAUAUCAAUAUUACAGGAUUAUUUUAAUGAAAAAUAUAUUGUGAAUAUUAAUAGAAGGUACAAAUUUCUAAAUGAUUGGAUUCAAUAUCUUGAUAGUGAUGAUGAUCAAAGAGUAUUGAACAUUUGGUUAGGUGGUCUGGAAUUCCCACACCGAUUAUUUAUAAUAGCACCAAUAUUUUUUUCUAAACAAUAUGAUGUAGCUGUUGAUCAAAUACAAUCUAAUUUUGUAGUAAUGCCUACCUAUAAUGACAGUGAUUUAUCAGCAUGUAAUGUUGAUAACUCACAUGCCAGAUCUAUGUAUUUUAAUGACUUAUAUUUAUCAGGAGCAAAAUGGGAUUUAAUUAAUCAAAAACUUAUUUCUAAUAAUUCGAAAAUUCAAUUUAAUAAAAUGCCGAUCGUUCAAUACUCAGCAACAGUUUAUGAUCCAUUUUUAGAUAAAAAACAAAGUAAUCAUAACUGCUAUAUUUGUCCACUUUAUAAAUCAACAGUAGAAUAUUAUACAACAUCAAAUUUUAUCACAGGAAUAAAAUUACCGACAAAUAUUUCAUAUGCACAUUUUUUAAAAAAUGGUACAAGAUUAUUUUGUCUAGUCGAGUGA